AGCCAAGGAAAGCAUAGAAGCUGUCAUAUCCAGCAGCAUAACUUGAACGCUAAGCUCUUUUGAAACUCCUUUUUUAAUGGUGUCUAAGGGCCUGCCAAUAAAAAGUUUCCCUUUUGCCUGGGGUAGGACACUACCUUCCACCUGAAGAAAUCAGGGCUGGGUCAGUGAUUCUUCUGGUCUAGAAGUCAUGCCUCUGCCUUGUCACACUUAGUAUGCAGCCAGUGGGCCAGGAUUCACUCGGUCACUCUGCAGCCUGUUUUAAGUAGCAGACAAUCAAAUUACACUGCCUGGCCCCUGCCCUUAAUUCAAAAGCCUGAGCUGGCAGGCUUCUGCAGCACAGAAUCGCUCUCACUACAGUAAUGUCUUGCAUUCACUUAACAGUGACUCUCAGAGCAGGCUGUAAGGAACAGUAGAAGUUAGAUUCUCUAAUCUGCUAAUGAAUCUGAAGUGCGACUCUAGAUCAGCCAAACCUUCUCCUGUGUUCUCCCAAAAGCACACGAGAGAAUUUAAGGUACUAUAGCUUCAUACUAGCAACUUCAGGUAGAAGUCAGACUACUCCUGAUAACACAUCCCUCCUUGAGGCUGGGUAAGAACAGCAUGAAAAUGAUUCCUCCCUUAAAACAAAUCCCUCUUCUCCCAAUGUUUGCUAGUACUUGUGACCUGGAGAAAUAUAGCUGUUUCCCAGCUCUGCUAGGAGCUGUAUCUGCUUUCAUGGUAGUUCAGAAGCCAGCUUCUGAGUUCACAACCUCAUGUUUAAAAUGAUGCUGCAGAAAAGUUGGUUCUGUUCCAGAAUCAAGCUGAGGUGUUACUUCUGCUGACUAAAACCAUCUUGCUAUUUACCAUGUUGGCUACUUGGAACAAACCCACCUCUGUUUGUUAACGGAGGCAGCUGGGUCCUGUCUAAGCUUGCAACACUCUGCAUUUUCCAGCAAGAGAGCUGGACUAGUCUUCCCUGUGCUGGAAUUCCAGUUUGAGGUCUGCUGGCAGCUGAUUGAUGGGUUUUUGUGGAGUUGUCCUGUUGGUUAGCCUCUGGGUAACAGUGCUUGGGGUGCCUGUUACCUGGGAGCUGGUAGCCACACAAUGGAAUGGCUCCCCUUACUCCACUGCAGCAGUUUCUAGUGCCACAGAUCCUGGUCUGCAGAAUACCACUAAACUGUCUACAAAGAUGAGUUUCUUCCAAAAGGCCCUGAAUGUGAGUCUGACCGCUGCCAUCUCGGCCUCCUCCAAAACAAUGGAGACUUCUACCCCUUCAGGAUCCUCUAGUACCAGUGUGACUAGCCCUUCCCUGACAGUGAUACAACCUGCUUCCCGCUUCUUGCAAAGUGUCCAUUCCAUAAAGUCUGUGAGGAUGAACUUCACCCUGAGAAUCCUGAAUGAGGACUUCAGUCUUGUAGACAAGCCCCUGGUGUUCAGAACAGGAUCUCCCAUCCAUAUUGAGGCCAGAGUGACAACCAAUCCAAAUGUCUCCCCAAAGAUCUAUGUGGAUGAGUGCUAUGGAACCCGUUCAAAGCGUCUGAGCCAUUCCAGGAGGGUUUAUGUGAUUGUGAAUAACCGUGGAUGUCUGUAUGGUGGCAAGUCUGGGAACACUUCUGUCUGGCAUAGACAAGCGGACUCGGCUCUGCAGUUUGUUAUACCAGCUUUUUUGCUGGGGGAGGAACCAGAGGAGGAGAUCUAUGUCCACUGCCUGCUGACUGCCUGGGGCCAAAGGACCCUCUCAAGACAUGUCAAGAAAUCCUGCUACUACAACACUGCCUCUUCCAGCUGGCAAAACCUGGAGGAUUCUUCCCAGAAUGACCUGUGUAACUGCUGUGACAGUCACUGCCCCUCUGACUUCUCCCCAGAAGAACAAGAGUUUCCAGGUGAAGGGAUGCUCCAUAGAAAAACAGUUGGUCCCUUGACAGUGCACAAGGAAGAGGCUCCAUGGUAUGAAGCACAAUGCCGCACCAUGAAGAAGCUCGUGCUGGCGUCAAUAGCCUUUGUGGGCAGCUGUCUACUUGCAGCCCUCCUUGUAGGAGGGGUCCUUGCUUUGGGCCUGGCCUUGUUCCAUUCAUACCAUCACAGCAAGGUGCCAAGGCUGAGGAGGAAGAGGAAGCUAUAUCCUUACCAUGAAGAGCUGCAGACAGUAGUGGGUGCCCUUGUGCCCUCAGAGGAGAUGGAGAAGGAAAAGAGAGAAUUGAAUGCAGCGACUGAAGAAUUGCAGCAGGAGUAACCAACUCCUGCAAGCCACAAUAAAUACUUUAUUUCUAUACAG